ACUGCUCAUAAUAUUAUCAUAAUCAUGGCGACUUGGACACUGGGCAGCCCCAUCGGCGUCUCACACCCAUCGUCUUGCUCAGAUGUUUCACUUCCUUGCAUUCCGUUUUCAUCCCGGAGAUUAAGCUUCUCCAGCAUCAUUAUUUCUCCUCUUAAGCUUCAAAGACAAGUAUCUCGAAGAAGAGUCAGACCUGUAAUUUCUGUGAAAAUGGCUGCUGCUGAAGCUUUUCAGGAAGUUCUUCCUCCAGCCCUCACUUCUGCUUCAGAACCACCUCCCAUCUUUGAUGGAACAACGAGGCUUUACAUAUCUUAUACAUGCCCUUAUGCGCAGCGUGUCUGGAUUACUCGGAACUGUAAGGGUUUGCAGAAUAAGAUACAAUUGGUUCCAAUAAAUCUACGAGAUAGGCCAUCUUGGUACAAGGAAAAAGUUUACCCACCUAACAAGGUGCCAGCUCUUGAACAUAAUAAUGAAGUCAAAGGAGAGAGUCUUGACUUAAUUAGAUAUAUUGACAGCAAUUUUGAGGGGCCUUCAUUAUUUCCUGAGGAUCAGGGAAGGAGAGAGUUUGCUGAAGAAUUGAUGAACUACGUGAACUCUUUCAGGGGAUCCGUGGUGUCUUCAUUUAAAGGAGAUCGAAAUGAAGCUGACGUAGCGUUCGACUACAUCGAAUCAGCUCUUUCAAAAUAUGGAGAUGGCCCAUUUUUUCUAGGUCAGUUUAGUUUGGUGGAUAUAGCUUAUGCGCCCUUUAUUGAAAGGUAUCAGCCGUUCUUGUUGGAAGUAAAAACAUAUGAUAUCACGGCUGGCAGGCCAAAGCUGGCAGCUUGGAUUGAGGAGAUGAACAAGAUCGAGGGUUACCAACAAACGAAGGGCGACCCACGGGAGCAUGUUGAUAACUUUAGGAAGCGGUUUUUGAGCCCUUCGUGAAAGCCAGAGCAGCAGAGGAGGGUCCCCAUGGCAAUGGUCAACUGAACACUGUGGCGUCACGUGUGAUGUUGCUUCUUGUAAUGAGAUAACUUAUUAUUUAACUAAAGGAAAGGAGCACUUUGUUCAUUUUUUUAGAUGGAUUAUUGAAAGAACCAAAACGAAUCUGUCUAAAAAUGCUCCUUUGAAACAACUCUUACUAAUACACUCCAAUUUCCCUAAAAGGAA